AUGAUUACGGUAGGAAUGUGGACUGGUCCAUUACCACCAGCAAAACCAUGCGCAGAAUGUGGACCAUUGAGAAAAGAAGUACAAGAGUUGUUGAAGAGGCUAGCCAUAGCAGAAGCCAAACCUACCGUAUUCUCAAUCAGUACGGCUACAGACGAAGUGGAGAAAGUGGACGCAGCAAGCGGACACACCGUCCACUUUUGCACCACCGCCACCGAGACGCAAAAAUCCGAAACCAUCGAUAGCGGUUCGGAUGCGCAGCGUAUCGACACAAAUACCACGGAAUGUCAAACCAGUCCUGUGGCUACGAUGAUGGCGGAAGUGGGCGUGGAUGCCGAGCCGCCGAUCAUGGUGGAUGCGCUUUUACAAACUGAUGAACAAGCGAGAGCGCACUUCGGUGUGAAUACUGACGAAGUGCAAGAGACAAAAGUAGAAACAUCAGAGCAGGCAACUGUUACGGACGAGUUUGAGAAGGCGGCAAGCGUCGAUAGGGAAACUAUGACAACUCGUACGUACUAUAGGAAUAUUCCUGUGCAAACCGAUGCUCCAGAGGUGGAAGAAGCUCAAGAGGUUAGAGUUAUUAUUUUAAAUGUCUUAGACAACAAUAUGAAUUUGAAAUGCUUGAAAGAUGUAAGGUUUUGCCAACCCUGCUUAGACAUGCGCCAUACUUGAUU